UCGCGCCCCUCGGAUCAACUAUCAGACGGUUACGUUUCCUCACCGGUGAGGACUGCUGGCUGCUGCCUUUUUUUUAAACGAUCUUUUCUGUGGACCAUGUUCGCCUGUGCGUCCUGUGAUCUCCGCUGAGGAAGAGGAUGCGACUGUCCUGCAGCGGAUCAUCUCCAGGACUGGGCUGGUGAAAACUCUCUGCUCGCUUCGGAUCUUUGGAGACCGAAAAAAAGCUCCAUGACUGCUGUGAAGACUAAGUGAGCACAUCCAGACUCCUGCAGGUUAUAAUCCCGACAUGAUGGGGGGUUCAUUCGGUGUUUCUCAGCCCGCCACUGCUGCAGCGUUAAGGAGAAGAAGCGUCAUUGCAGUCCUGCAUCUGACUUUAUUGCUGCCAACAGUGGGAGUCAGUGGGCAGUCAGUGGGAAGCCCGCUGGACUGUCACAAGACCUGUGUGUGUGCCAGCAACAUCGUCAGCUGUUCCAAGAUGAAUCUAACAAACGUUCCCCUCGCUCUACCAAAGUACACAGCUGUCCUGGACCUCAGCUUCAACUCCAUCACCAGGCUACGUGCCGAGUGGACCCCCGACCAUCUCAGCAGACUGCACAGUCUACUGCUCAGCAACAACGGGCUCACCUUCCUCUCCUCUGAAGCCUUUAUUUACGUGACAAAGCUUCGUUACCUGGACCUUUCCUCUAAUGGCCUCCGUAUACUGGAUGAGUUCAUCUUUGAGCCACUGGAGCAUCUGGAGGUGCUGUUGUUGUAUAAUAAUCACAUCUCUCAGAUAGAUCGCACCGCCUUCUCUGGCCUCGACCGGCUGCAGAGGCUGUAUCUGAGCCAGAACUCCAUAACAAGGUUCCCCUUGGAGCUGGUGAAGGAGCGAAGCCGUCUGGAAACUCUUAAACUACUAGAUGUUUCCUCCAAUCGAAUUAAAUCUCUUCCCCUGUAUGAGCUGCAGGUUCUGCCCGCCUGGAUCAAGAAUGGUCUGUACUUCCACAACAACUCUCUGUCCUGCAGCUGUGACCUGUAUGACAUGGUGGCACGUUGGUACCUCAAGGAGCUCAGCUCUGCCACUGACUUCAAGAGCAGCCACACAUGUGUGAUACCAGGCCAGCGGAAGGAAAAAAUGGCCAUAUUGGAUCUGGAUAAGGCCUAUUUAAACUGCAGUGAGGUCAAAACUCUGGAUGAAGAAGCUUAUCUGGAGCAGUUCCUGGUGCUGGACUGUGACACCAGACAGAGAGACAUGGUGAAGAGAUGGGCGCUGCCGGGAAACAUCCCACUGUCUCCGGCAAACAAGACUGCUGUGAUGCGUUCUGAUGGAAACCUGCAGAUUGGGCCCCUGAGGUUAGAAGACUCAGGGGUCUACACCUGCUAUGCCACAAGUGAUUCCCUCAAUGAGACGCUGUAUGUAACUGUAGUAGUGUUUAACGCCACCACGGCUGGUGGGCUGGAGAAUCUAAAAACGGCCUACACCACCCUGGUAGCCUGUCUGGUCAGUAUAGUCAUGGUCCUCAUCUACCUCUAUCUCACACCCUGUCGCUGUGCCACCUGUCCAGGUCAGGGUCUGGAGAAAAGCGAUGCUAGAGAGAGCCUCCACUCUUCUACUGUCAGCCUCUCUCAGGCACACGAGGAGACGCCACAAGAAAAGGCAGAAGGCGGCGGCUUUCCCUACAGACACAUGGCCUUCCGGGACCCAAAGGAUCAGAUGGAGCAGAACGGGAGGUUGAAUCCAAUAGGUGAGGAGGACGAGGAGUGGCAGGGAGACAGCUCAGAGAGAAGGAGGUCUGAUGCCGAGUCUGUCAGCUCGGUUUGCUCCGACACUCCCAUGGUGGUGUGAAGCCAUCAGCCUGCAGGGUGAGAAGGUCACAGCCACAACUUCUCUGUACACUCUGGAUGUGCAGGAAGCAUCUUCCAAACAAAGCUUCAGUUGGCAGGUGGUGGCUCUGGUGUAAUAGCAUGUACUGAUAAUACAAAUAAACUACAAUGUGUUGAUGAAAGCAGCUUUAAAAGUCCAAAAACAAACAUUCAAUGCCUAAAACUGCAGUUAAAAUAGCUACAGUAAUUCUUAAAAUUGCAAUUAUCUUAUACAGAACUGAAAAGAAAAUGGUCACUGACAUGAUAUUUCAAAAAGUGUAAUUUGUGAAGACAAAAAUAAUCAUGUUUCUGUCAGGGGACAUCACAGAUUCAUAUUUAAAAACUGCAACUAAUUCACUGCGCAAUAGGAGCUUGAAACAUUGCUUGCAUUUAUGAGGCAAGUCCCUAAAAAUAUUCUCAAAGUGGAGAACCACUAAUUACUGAGAGCAUGAAAACAUUUUUGAUGUUAUUCCUCAGUUUCCUUUGCUUCUGAAUAUCCAGAGGCUGCAUGUUAAUAUGGCUUUUUAUGUCCUGGGGAUUGUGAUGCUACUGAGAUGUUGAAGUUUUAAAAAUGAUGGACAGAAUCUGCUGCUUAAAACAGAAGCUGUUUUUUUAUGGAACGCUUGCAGAGCCCACUUAAUUAUUUCUGCAAGUUGUUCAAUAUUUAUGCUAUAUGUUACAUUCCUAUUUGCUUUGGUCGGCCUUUACAGAACACGAUGCAAGGAUUAUGCAAUUUCCUCAAUCAAAUUUCUUUUACAUGAGUGUAGCUCAGUGUUUAGUUGUGUUCUGUUUUCACAGUAACUGUGGCCUUGUGUUGAAGUGAUUGUAUUUACUGCUUUGACUUAAUGUCACAUUCAGGUCCUUUAUUUUUUUUUUUUAGCCAUUUUAGACUCAGAACAGCUAUAUUCAUUUCUACCACAAGCAUUAUCAUUUAGUUUAUUCUAAUUUAAAGCAAUUCUAAUGUGCUUUACAUUUCAUUUAAAUUGUGUCAGUGAUGGGUUUAAGAUAAACAAAAGUACAUUUAGUGUUGAGGCAGGUAUUCAUAUUGAUCACAGUGACAACAUUCACACUUUAGAUAUUAAUCAAACACACAUGCAGUUGUUUAUCUUGAAAAGCAUAACUAUUACCUGUUACCAGACACAUGUAAGAGCAUUUUCACCCAAUUUACAAUACUUCCCAGGAAAUGCUGUAUUAAACAUACAGCAAAAAAAAAACAUUUCCAGUGUUGUUGAAAUUUAGUAAUCUAGAAUAAUUGUUUUCCAAACAUAUAAUUUUUAAACAAAAUGUUCAAUCACCUCUUGAUUUGGAGGGUAUGUCCCUACUUUAACCACUUGAUCAGUGUUUAUGCAUGAAUGCAGACUCUCUUAAAAUAUAUGCCCGGUGUCGUCAGGACCUGAAUCUACUCCACUGGCGGAAGUUAUCACACUUUCUGGUUCAGAAAAUACGUAUUGUAAUAAGCUAAAGCUCAUUUAAAUCUUAAAAAAAACAUUCCACAAGACAAUAAAGUCAGUCAGGUGCCAGUGCAGUUGCUGCAGGAUUCUCUCCUGAUGGCCCCAGUCCUCUAAGACAGCUGUUCUCAACCACUGUCUCCCUUUUGAGUCCUCAAUUAAAAUACAGUAGAUGCAUGCAGCACCUCUUUACACGAUAAAUGGCUAUGAUUUGUGAGUUGUUUAAUCAAACAGUGAGGCUUAAAAAUUAAAAUAAAUAACGUGUCACAAAUUCACCAAAGAUUACAUAAAUGUCUAAAAAAAUAAGAAUAAUUUUGCUGAGAAUAUCUUUUUCUUAUUUUCUACACCAGUGAACAUCUCACAACCCUUUAGCUUCAUCUUACAACAUUCAGAUUGGAAACCACUGCUCUACACUGCUUGAAAAGCUUGAAAAGGAUUAAUAAUGUUCAAAAAAUACUAUAAUGUCAGUUGAGGAAAUUCUGGUUCAAACUGGAUUUCCAGGAAAAUUGACCUAUCGUUACAGUGCAGUUAAAAUGACACAUUCAGUGUGAGUUGCAAACGAGUAACAUCAAUGUACAUCCCGACAUGCUGGACAGUUAAUGGCAGCCAGGGAGCCUACCAUCCCUACCAUCCACUGAAUGCUUCAGGGCAUUAGAGCCAGCCCUGAGCAAAUCAGCCAAUGACAGCCAGCAGCCAGAAGUCUCAUAAACACUGUCAGAAAUAGCAGCAUGCAGCGCAGCCAGCACACAAGCCUCCUGGCUGUCUGGCACAGCUGAAAUGUAAAUAUAGAAGUAGCAGUUUCUCAAUCAGAUGUCUUCAUUUUAGCCACAUUGUGAGAAAAAUACAAUCAAAGCAAGUACAGGCUCACAUUUCAAUUUGAAUGGAGUCACCAUAAAGCAGUUUACUAUUGUAAAAACAUAUGUAUGAAUAUAAAUCAGUAAAGAUCAAGGGACGGAAUGUCAUAGAAAUGCAAUUUUUACUAAACUGAAUUCUCUCUGGCUCUGUUGCUGAUAAAAGAUUAGCACAGUUUACUACUGAUGAUGAAAAAAAACUACUCAGAUAUGUAUAAAUAGCUGACAUUUUCCUCAAACAUUGUUCUUGCAGAUCACAAACACAGUGUAACAGUGACGCAAGUUAGCAGCAAAAACCCACCAAUCACAAGACAACAGAUGUAGCAAUGUAAAGUAAAUGCACUUUUUCUAUUAAAAGAACAAUAAUAUUCAUCCUCCCAUUUCUCAUGGUGCUUUUUUCAGGAAAUAAUUUAGGUGAAUGAACGCCUUAAUUAAGUGUGUCUGAGCUCUGAAAAUUGUCAUGACAUUGUGAGCAUUGUCUUGUAAAAAUAAUAAUAUUAUAAUGUAGCCACACAAGCUGAGGAACUUCAAGGUAUUACGUCUAUCAAAGGGUGCGUGUAUCUGCUUUACUGUAAUGUUGUACAUCUGUUUUUUGUCCCUCUGAAGUCACUUAUAAUAACCAAAGAUUGAGUUACAUGUUGCAAGUUCAUAACCUACAUGUUCAGUGUUUACAGCCACUACAGUUAUUGUCACCUGUGUGUUGACGUCACCUCUCUGUGUUUCUGUCACAAACCUAUCAUUUAAAAUAUGCAAUCCUGUCUAAGGACUUAUUGUAUUUUCUUUUUGGCUGUAUUAUACCUUAUUAUUGCAUUAUUCCUGUAUUUCCUAAACAAUCUAAAUAAACACGACGUGAAUAAUGA